GAAACCCUGAGCAAGGAAAACACCCAAGAACGCCAUCAGUCGUCAAGAGCAUGCACCAGAUGUCGCCGCUCAAGAACUCGAUCACGCAGGACUGCAACGGGAAGCUUCAGAAGUAGUAGGGGAAGCGCGCCCUCAUGGCCGGCGACGGGCAGGACUCCUGGCAGAGGGCGUCGAGCUUCCACCCAGGCAGGGCGACGCCGUCCACCGCGCGCCUCUCCUCACAGCUGCUGCGGCCGGCGGCCACCGAGGACGGAGUGCCCGGGCUUACGGGCUCCUUGCCUGCCGCCGCCUUUGCCGCGUCGACUGUGCCGUCGCCAGCCAACGGCCGUGCCGCCGGGACGAUGGUCACCUCCGGCAGCCUGCUCUUCGCCUCCAUCUGCUGCGGAUCUGCCUUGAAGCCUGAAGAGGUCCCUGUGAUAUCUCUUCACUCUUCACAGUAACUUGAUAUGAUAGCUCGCAGUUUAUAUUUACUUCCGCAACAAAUGGAAAAGGCGAUGGCGUUUGUCUCCUUCUAUGCUACAGAGAAACGGAUAAGAUCAGAGCGGGUGGAUAUUUCUUUCCGGAGUUAGUGCUGACAGUGAUGACUGAUAGGUGCAUCAUGAUUAUCUUCCUCCUCCUGUUGUUUUUAAAUAAUUGUGGUUGGCCUACGUUAUCCUCUUCCCGAGUCAUUCUUGUAGAGUGGCCCCCAUGUGUCAGCUAUGUAUGUGCACCCACCAAGGCACCAGGUAAAUACACUGAAGAAGAUAGCAAUGCUGCAGAACACUCAGGUGUCAGCACUCAGCAGUCGAGACAGGGAAUGACUACCAUAUUUUUAAGAUGAUGACAAUACUCUCAAAGGCAUGUUCUACGUACAUGACUGCAGAAGAAAUGGAUGCUUAGCACAUUUUCAGCAGCUUCAUGGCUCUCGUGUUAAUCAAAACAAAUGAGAACAGGCAGAUGUCCCCCCACCCCCUGAAGACCAAAUAUGAGCAACAAUUAGUUCUUCUCCUGUUAUCAAUCUAGAUUCUACGAUGUACACUACACUAUCAGAGAUGGAACUACUACAAAAGACCUACAGUACAUGG